GUGUUGAUACCAUGACGUUGGAGUGGACGAGAUCUGACCUGAACACAUUUGUCUUUGUGUGGCGUUCAGGUCAGGACUUUGUAAAGCAAAAAAGUCCAUCAUACAAGGGACGAACAUCACUGUUUAUUGAAGAACUGAAGCACGGAAACAUUUCACUGAAACUCUCCAAAGUGACACUGUCUGAUAAGGGAAUUUAUUCAUGCUACAUUCAAGAGCUGGAGAAACGUUCUUUUGUUGAGCUUGUUGUUGCAUCAGAUGCUGCCUCCUCACCUGUCAUCAGUUUAGCAGGUGUUGACAGAGACAGAGGAGGAGUGGUGUUACAGUGUGAGUCUAAAGGCUGGUAUCCACAGCCUGAGGUGUUUUGGUUGGACGGUGAGGGAAACCUCCUCUCUGCUGGACCUACAGAGACAGUCAGAGGUCCUGAUGACCUCUAUACUGUCAGCAGCAGAGUGACUGUAGAGAAGAGACACAACAACAACUUCACCUGUAGAGUCCAACAGAACGACAUCAACCAGAUCAGAGAGACACACAUUAUUGUUCCAGAUGAUUUCUUUAAGGUCAAGUCCAGUUCUUCUCCUGUUACAGUUGGUUUGGCUGUUGGUUUGGCUGGUUGCAUCGUGUUAAUUGUUGCAGCUGCAGUUGUCUUUUUUGGGUGGAAAUGGAGACAAAACAAGAUCAAGACCAAGAGAAGCCACAGGGAUGAAACUGAUGGAGGAGGACGUAAUGCCACUGAAAUGCAGCGUCUCAAUGAAGAAGGAACAGACGGAGACACAGCUCAGUCAGAAGGAGAUGAAGGUGCAGCAGCUCGGUCUUCCAUCUCUCAAUGUAACUGGCAGAUCAUUAAGAAGCAGACGCUCCAGGAUCAGCAGAACAAAGUUCAGACCCUGAUGGAGGAGCUGGAGACGAAGAUGCAGGAGUUGGACAAGAAACAAGAUGAACUCCUGAAGGAGAAACAGAACAGAGAGAAAGCUGAGAGUGAAGUGACGAAGCUGGAGAAUCAGCUGGAGUCCAGGGCGAAAGGAGAUUGAAGCAAAACAAGCUGAAAACCAGAAGCUCCAGGAUGAAAAUAAGAAGCUUCAGAUGGACCGAGACACCAAGAUAAAUCAGGUUCA